CCGAAAAAAGUCAACGUAACUCUCUUAUACGAACUACAAAUUCUCCGUUUGAACAGCCGAACAUAUAUCAAUAAAGCUCUUUCCGAUUUUUUCGUUUCCUCGACGUCGCGCGAAAGUCUGCGAUUUCGGUUUCCAACCCAAACAGGGAGAUGAACCGUGUGUCACGAUUGUCAACUCACCCACGGUGACGGGCCGAUUCGACGUCGGUAGUCGGUUUGUGAGUGAUUGGCGAUCAGUGGAAGUGACCCGAGAAAAGUGACGGCACGGUAGGGCACCUCGCCUCGGUGUUACUCACGCGGGAACGCUUUACGCUUACGCCACCGCCGUCGCCGCGCCGGUGGACGGUAAAGAGCGGAAAGCGAAAAGGAGAGAAGUUACGUGUCAGACUGGAGCGGACGUGUAGUGGUGAAAAAGGAGAGAGAGGAAGAGAGAAAGAGGGAGAGAGGUGAAGACAGAAAGAGGGGGUGUGGUAGGUGGCGGAAGGACGAUAGGGGGAGAGGGCGACUCCGCGAAGGGUGGGCCGUCCAAGUGUCUUGUCUCCUAUCAUCCUGUCGUCCAGGGUAUCGCUUACGAAUGUCGCGCGAUCGAGCGAUCCGUCUGCGAUCCACGACGACGCGCGAGGACGUCCUGGCGACGGCCGCGCUUCGACUACCGACACCGACGAGCCGCGCGAUCAGCCUCGUCUGAGUCAACGACAGCAACCGCGCUGGGUGCUACGUACCUGUGUGUCGUCCUGAUAUGCGAUUGUCCGAGGUGGAUAGUCGCCGGGUCGCGUCGCGCGAGACGACGGCGGGCACCACUUAACCGAUACAUAAUAUAAACGAAUACCUAAGCGUUGACGCGUGGCUUCUUUCAUCGGGAACGAAAGCUCCCAGCCUCGUUCGAAGAGCCGUAUCGGGCUAGCUGGGCUAGCCGCGAGAGAAGUGCCGCAGCGAGAAAUCUCCCCGGACGGGCCGGCUCGAAGGAUGUCCGGCGAGACGGAGAUAGAAGUGUCGGUUGUGUCGGAGGAGGAUCUGGAGCUGGAGGGCUCCAGGAGCAGCUCCACCCCGGCGGAACUGCUGCUGCAGGAGAAGAAUGGCAAGUCUGGCUGCGGCCUGAGCAAUCACCACCACUCGUUCAGCUUCGACACGGUGAGCAAGCCGGCGCUCAGGCCUGCCUGCAAUCCGCAGUACACGUCCUUCAGUAUCUCCAGUAUCCUCGGCAGACCGGAAUCGCCGCCUGUCGACUCGACGACCUCCACGGGGUCCGGCGAGAGGCAGUCGUCGGACGUCGACAGGACGUCGCCGCUGCCGCCAACGAACUCGCAGAACUCGCAGAGGAUCCCGCCGUCGUGCGGCAGCCCCGGAAGGAUCUCGUCCUCGCCCACGUCCCUGAGACUGUCCGGCGGCCAACGCAGCGGACUGUCCGCAACCGGUCACCCUGGACUGGAACCUAGGGCGAAUUCCGCGGGUAUCGGUAUCGGAUGUGCUACCAGUGCUACCAGUCCGGCCGCGACCUUUUCACCGCCCGGCGAUGCCUCUACCAAUCCACUACUAGGACACCAGGCGUCGGCGGAUCUCGCAAUGCUAUCAAGAUUAAUAGCGAGUCGAUAUCCGGUCGGCAUCGGCGGCCUGUUCUACCCGUCGACGCUGCAGCAUCUCCAUCAGCAGCAACAGCAGCAGCAUCAGCAUCAUUCGCGGCUGGCCGCCGCGGCCUCGUCCGCCCUCAGCAACGCCGUGCAGGUCGCCGGCCAAUCGCCGGACAUUGUCGACGCCGACGGCAUCCGUGGCGUUUUACUCGGCGGUGCCGGCUGGCCGUUUCCAUGGAGGCCGGCGCACGGCCUGCAGACGCUCGAGCAUCCUUCGCCAAGCGACGUGGUCGGCACCCUCAGCCGCGUCAGUCCCGCGUCCGCAUCUUUCCCGCAGCGAGAUGAGCUCGAUGACGACAACGCCGAUGACCGUCUGCACCGCGCGAGGAGUCCGUCAAGCGGCGACGAGGGGCACGACGACCUCGGUGAGGCUGAUGACUGUGCGGAUGCCGAUGGCGAAGGCGAGUCCACGUCGACGAGUCUUCACGGCACUUCGAUGGGCGGUGGUGGUGGUGGCGGCGGCGGCGGCGGCGGUGGUGGUGGUGGAGGAAACGGCAAUAGUAACGGCCAGAACAACGUGCAGGUCGGCGUAGACGGUCGCGAGUCGAACAGCAUAAAGCGCAAGAAGAAGACCAGGACGGUGUUCUCCAGGUCGCAGGUGUUCCAGUUGGAGAGCACGUUCGACAUGAAGCGCUACCUCUCAUCGUCGGAGCGCGCCGGCCUCGCCGCCUCGCUCAGGCUCACGGAGACCCAGGUGAAGAUCUGGUUCCAGAACCGGCGAAACAAGUGGAAACGGCAGCUGGCCGCCGAGUUGGAGGCGGCGAACAUGGCGCACGCUACCCAAAGGCUAGUCAGGGUACCGAUCUUGUAUCACGAGGCAUCAGCCGGCACUGGCACUUCCGGCGGCGUGUCCGUGUCGGUGACGGCACCGGGACCCCCGGGACCCCCGGUGCCGUCCUCGGUAGGCGCGACCUCCGCCCUGUCGCACUCGGUCGGCGUCGGCGUCGGCGUGGGCGUCGGCGUUGGCGUCGGUGUCGGCGUCGGCACCUCGUGCGCGCCUACCACGGCGCAGCCCAUCUUCUACUCCCAUCACCAUCAGCAUCACCAUCACCACCCGGCGGCGGCCCACGUGCAGGCGCACAGUCUCCUGUCCCACCAGGUGCACCCACAACCACCGCCUCCGCCUCCGCCGCCGCCCAACGGCCAACCACCGCGGACGUCCUCGCAAUAACACCGUCCGACGACUUACGAGGGUAGCGUGCGGCUGCUGCGGGAGACGACGAUCCUAAACAAGAUGAUCUCCGUGAACGACGCGACGGCGACGGCGAGGCCUUCCCGUCUGGACCGCGCCGUUUGGCUGAUCGACGUUGACGAGUGAACGCACGCACAAUAAUCGGCACGGGCCUACGAUCGUCCUGCGACAUCCCCUGAUCGAUCCCGCGAUACCACACGGAUACGGCAUGCGGCUGUCCCCUCGGCGGUAAUUCGAGAACGUUGGAAUUCGAAAAUGGUUUUCUAAAAUGCGGACUCACGACCGUAGGCGAUGUGGAUAAAUGUGAGUAUGCGCGAGAAAUGUAGAGUUUUGAUUCGCUUUUAUAUCUCAAUUAAUAAGAACGUAAGAAAGAUCAUCUCAUACAAUUUAACACUGAAAUUGUAUUUUAUUUUGAAGUGAAUAACACGUCUCAGUGAUGAUCACUUUACUGAAAAGAUUUGCAUAAGUGUAGAAUAUUUUUCUCCUAUAAUUAUGUAUUUAUAAUGGCUCUAAAGGAGCUGAAUACAAAUAAAAUAAUAUACAGAAAUAUUUUACUUAUGCAAAUUUCAGUAUAGCAUAGUAUUGCAACAAUAAAUAAAAUUACGUUCUAUUAGAAUAUAAACUCAAUGAGUUGAAAAAACUCUACGUUUUCUGAACAUAAACUUAUACUCAUGUCUAUUCGCAUCUUCUGUUAUUUUCUAGGAAUGGAAAGUAUGAUCUCUUGCAAAUAAUUUGGUAAAAUUAUUUUUGGCGCUUGAUAAAAAGACUUUAAGUCAAUUUGUUUAUCUCGAAAUAAAUUAUCAAAAAAAUGUGCUAAGUUCAUACAAUAUAUAUUCUAUAGUAAUCGCAUUAUCAUAAAAAUGACAUUAUUGCCGAUUAUUAUGUUUAGCUAAAAUUAGACAACAUCCUACUUUUCAGUAGUUUAUUUUAUUGCUCCGGGAAAGACAUUUUGACUUAUAUCUUGUUUUACCGAGCCGUAAAAAUAUUUGUGCUAGUCUGCGCAAUUAUGCGGAGAAUUGAACUGUGAUUAUAAUGAUUUUGUGUCGCUUCCAUGAGCCACGGGCGACGAAAGCUGGUCGCGAACUCGUACGGUUUCCCUUCCGGUUGGUCGCCUAUAUAAUAAUAGCGCAUUGUUUCCUUGUUGCUCUCAGUUUAUCUAUGUAUUAUAACGAGAUGCAAAAUUUCACAGUAUUUCGCAAUCGAUGGACGGAAAUUAGGGAUCUUUGUAGAUAGUAUAUAUAAUAUACAUAUAUUGUAGAGAGCGAUUCUCCGAUUUUUUGCGCGUGAAGAAAAACGAUUCGCGCGGAUGAGAGAAUGGAAAUUUUUAAACCGUCCCUGACUGUGCGACGCCCGAUAUUUUAAUUAUGGAACCGUAUCCGUUUCUCUGAUCGUUUCCCCUGUAAAUAGUCUUUGCGCGAAGUGUACAUUCGUAUUUGAAAUUCCGUGCGCCGAGAGGGACGCGCUGUGAACCGGUGACCGGAAAAUCUCCGCUAAUAUAAUUCAGGGAUUAAAAUGUCGGUAUAACUUCGGUGAGUUCAAUUUUCGAUGGACGAGAAACAGUGAGUCCUCAUGCCAACAUUGUCAACGUCGCGUUUCCAUCAUCGCGGAUUACGCGCGGAGAAACGAUUUCCGCGGGUCUACAGAAAUUUGAACUCGCUGAAAUUGCGCUGGUACCAAUAUUACCUGAUGUAACCGGGGAUUCGCUGUGGUUGUAAAAUUGAACAUUCACACACAUGUAUGACAUAUAUACAUAGACAUGCAGCAAACAGACACAAACACACACAUACACGUAAGACACAGGCAGGGUUCCUACGAUAUAUUCCACCUGUUGUGAUAAGUAUCUAAACGAAUAAUUUUAUUAAACGGAACGGUAGAGGUACGAAAUAUCGCCUCUUUCGCAUUAUAUAUAUCACCUAUCUAUAGACGUCAAUUAAGGAGAAGGUUCGCCGUACCGUGUUUUAUACGGAUAUUUGUGAUCCGGGAUCUCAAAUUAUUGUACAGCCGAUCGUUUCGUAAUCGCUAAAUAAUGAUCGUUGAACCAUACAAUACACGUCGUUCGAAUUUCCUCUACUCAAGAUCUAUGUAGAGUUGAUCUACUGGCGACCGUCGAUCUCGUUUGCGAGGUAGUGGGCAAACGUUCCUAGAUUCGAUGACUACAUUCGGCUGGAUCGACGAACGAUCGAAUAAAAAUACGAAUACGUUUAAAUUGCGCUUUUUUUUCUAUCGCGACGCCCGUAAAGAGAUAGCAGUGGAACAAUGGAACGCGCAUCGGCGACAUUCACAUAAAAAUCCGAGGUCCGGGAUUAAAAUUAAUUGUUGUGCGGCUUCACAAGAGGCCCCCGUAACUAGAAAAAUUGACACAUAGAUAAAACACAAUGUUCCGCUUUCGAAAUAAAAUCAACGAGAGAUUCUUUGAUGGAGUCGCCAUUCGAACGGAUCGGUAAUAAAACCUAUUGAUUCACAUUUACAUCGCCGUCUGUAGAUUAUAAUACUGUCUCGUAGAUUAUGAGAUCGGGGAUAUGGUCAAAAUUCAUAGAGCGAGGAAGGCCACUGAUUAAAAGAGGCUUAUUUCGUUAUAAUAUUUUACAGAUUUCUAGAUUUCUUACGGAUGAAUGUCAAAAAGAAUGAUAUAGCGAGAUAAAUUUCGAAAUAACAAAUUAAAGAUGUCAAAAUCUUCUCUACGAAAUCUCGGAAUUUAUAAGCGGAGAUGCACAUUCGUAGUCUAAACACCUUAAACGCAGAAAAGCAUGUGACAAUUAUUAAUUCACAGCCAAUUUACGAGAAGCUUUUUCUUGGAGCAGUAAACCAGCGAACUGUGAGUAAUAUCAGCGAGACAGUACUUAAGGGAAAAGCUUAAAUCAAAUCAUGCAUAAAUUAUUUCCUACGGGUCCGAUAAAUCGCGCUUCAAAAAUUUUACCUUUAAAAUCAUCAGCUGGAAAUAGAACGAUCAGAGCGAUACUUCUCAGGGAAAAAAAUAUGCACAGAUUUCCGGUAGAUAUUCUUAGAUAUUUACUGAACAUUCGUCGCGAUGCGUUUUGCACCGUAUGAUUAUUCUUUGUCUCUUAGACAAGAUUUUUUUUUGCAUAUCGGCAAAUGUAAAUAAAAAAUGCAGGAAUAUUUAUCGGACGCCUGUAGUUUAUAUAACGCGGCCUGUCGCUAUGCAAUCAAAAACGCAUUUACAAUUAUUCGCGUACGCGUGGCUUUUCACGCCGCCAUUCACUCACGCACUCGUCAAGUGCGUCACGCAGGCGGCACGCGUUGCUCCUCGCGUCCUUCGCCUAGAAACGGCGAAGCUGGCAUGGCGACCACGAGGGAGGACCGACGUGACAAUGCAUCUACACCAUCCACGUCCCGUAUCCGCUGCAUAUGCAGCCGAUACACACCGGGUAUCCUGAGUAACGUAAGUACGUGCACUUCAAUCAACGCUCUCGCGCCAUCACAUCUCGGUCUCUUUUCCAAUUCCUGAUCUAUCCGAAUCUGCCUUUUUAAAUCCGUUUUAUUCUCUCUCUCUCUUUCUUUCUCUCUUCUUUCUUUUCUUUAUCUGCCUUUUGUCUCUCGUUCGAUAUCUCUCUCGAUAUUCGUCCUUCACGCUUCGUCACCUUCCUCGUCGCGAUUCUACACGUCUUGUCUCGCUGCAGCCACAGUGCGGUGAUUCUUCGUGGGUUGAACGGAAUCGUCGGUAUCGAAAUGAUGUUAGGGAGUUUUUGCAAUACCGUCUUUCAGAUACGGUAACCGUAUUGUUUAGAAUCUCUAUCUAUUUCCCUACAGUUGUUUUAUGCGCGCUGUGUAUUCUGUAUGACCGAGCUCGCGUUGUGCAAUCAUCCAUACUGAAGGCGGAUAUACGGGAGAUACCGGGAGAUAUCUCUUCGAUAUUGAAUGACUGAAUAUAUUGCGGGACAUUUCGAUAUCCAAUAGAUAUCCGAGAUAUGAUCACUACAGAUAUCUGUGUUGUAUCCGUAGGAAUGAAUUUGCAGGAACGCGCAUGGAAAAUAAUAAAUUCUGAUGAAAUAAAAUAUAUAAAGAUUUAUCAAACAUUUAUUAAUUUUGUCUUUGCGCGACUAAGAACUUUAUUUUACGACAGUAUCUUUUUAGGCAUGCGUAAAGAACAUUAUUACAAUUUUUACGAGCUAUUGCUUUUAUAUAAAUAAUUUACGUAACGAAUUUUUUACAUCUGUAUAAAACUUUACAAUAAUAACAAGAGGAUCGUAAAAGCGAUGCUAAGUCAUUCAAGCAACGAGAUUUUCAAAGUUUGUGUAACAUCAUAUAAGCCUGAUCCAUUUCCAAGAUUGCGUCGAACCUAAUGGCUUCGCAAAGUCGGCAGUACACAAAAAUAUAUUUCGACAGAUAUAUCGCAUAUUGGAGACCAUCCGCAAACAUUUUCGCAAGACUUUUGUUGUUCAUACACGGAGAGCGAAAAACUAUGUGUGUACCUACAACGCGU